AUGCCUGAACCAUCAUUUGGAUCCCCGUCAUUGUCGCCGUCCCCGGCGACAUUUUCCGGUUGCUGGGAUGAGCUUCUUCUCAACUUCAAGAACUCCAUUAACGGCGUAAACGAAGAUAACUUUAGAUCGGGUGUUGCUAAACAUGAAGAAUCACCCAAGAAAGAAAAAGCUUACAUAGGUGUAAGGAAGCGGCCAUGGGGGAAAUACGCUGCGGAGAUUCGGGAUUCAACGAGACAUGGCCUUAGGGUUUGGCUCGGAACAUUCGACACAGCCGAAGAGGCCGCUCUAGCUUACGACCAAGCAGCAUUUUCGACGAGGGGAUCGUCGACGACCCUCAAUUUCCCGAUCCACGUCGUCACAGAAUCGCUUCGUAACAUAAAAUACCGAUGCGACGACGGGUGCUCGCCGGUAGAGGCGCUGAAGAAGAGACAACACCGCCCUAGUACAAGAUCCAAGAACAAAGAAAUCAUUAGCAAACAAAACGAGACACAAGGAGAGAACUUGAUUGUGUUGGAAGAUCUGGGAACUGAUUACUUGGAACAACUUCUAAGUUGUUCAUGUUUAAACUGACUCAGGUUCUUUUGUUUAUAUGUAUAUUCAUUUGUUUUCAAUUUCAGUUCCGUUC